AUGGAUGGCGCUUCAAACGGGUCCUUGGCUGCCUUGGAGCCCAAUGGACAGAGCAAUGGGCAUCUCAACGGGGCCUCAAACGCAUACUCGAAUGGACAUAUCAAUAGACACACGAACGGAUAUACCGAUGGUCAUGUCGACGGCAACGGUCACCAUCGGCAUGUAAAUGGGUACGCCAAUGGGUAUACCAAUGGUCAUAUCGAGGAUUACACACGGCAUGAAGAUCUUGAAGAUCACAAACCUCCAGCUCCAGUCGCCAUUUGUGGCAUGGGUAUGCGACUGCCCGGCCGGAUCCGUGAUGAACAGUCCUUCUACGAAUUUCUCAUCAACAAAGGAGACGCUCGCUCUUCUACGCCAAAUGACCGGUACAACGUGGAUGCAUAUUAUAGUCCUCAUGGAAAGCACGGCACAGUGAUCACCAAGCAUGGCUACUUUCUCAAUGACACUGACCUAUCCCAAUUUGACCCUUCCAUGUUCAGCAUCACGGCUGCCGAAGCUGAGCAGCUGGACCCUAGUCAACGGCUGAUGUUGGAGGUUGUUCGCGAAGCCCUGGAACGGGCUGGUGAAUCGAAUUGGCGAGGCAAGGAAAUUGGAACGUAUGUAGGCCUGUUCUCGGAUGAUUGGCAAGACCUACACCGCAAGGAUACAAAUUUCUAUAACCCCUACCACCUCAUGGGCGCAUUGGACUUUGCAAUCGCGAACAGGAUCUCAUACGAGUAUGAUCUAAAGGGGCCAAGCGUAGUGUUCAAAACUGCCUGCUCUUCAGCAGGGAUGGGCUUACAUGAGGCCGUACAAGCCAUCCAGCAGGGCUCUAUUAAAUCCGCUAUCGUCGCUGGUGCCAACCUCAUCCUUGCGCCCGGAAUGACAGUCGGUAUGAGCCUGCAAAUGACUCUUUCACCAGACGGGUCUUCCAAGUCCUUCGACGCCUCUGCCGACGGCUACGCCCGCGGCGAAGCUGUGACAGCCCUCUACAUUAAGCGACUGGACGAAGCCAUACGAGACGGGAAUCCUAUUCGAGCGGUAAUUCGCGCAUCGGCCAGCAACGCUGACGGCAAGACACCCGGAAUAGCCAAUCCUAAUCCGGAUGCUCAUGAAGCUGCCAUCCGUAAGGCCUACAAAGCUGCGGGCCUUGACUUUUGUCAAACCGCUAUGGUGGAGGCACAUGGCACUGGGACAUCAGUGGGAGAUCCCAUUGAGGCAAAGGCCAUUGCAGAGUGCUUCGGAAAGGAUGGGGUUUACUUGGGCGCGGUUAAGCCCAACAUGGGCCACAGUGAAGGUGCAGCAGUCAUUACAAGUAUCAUCAAGGCAACAGUUUCGCUGGAGCAUCAAACGAUUAUUCCCAACAUCAAGUUCCGGACGCCCAAUCCAGCAAUUCCCUGGAAGGAAGCUAAAUUGGUUGUCCCUGUCGAGCCUUGUCCCUGGCCCAAGCAUCGCGCCGAGAGGUUGAGUGUGAAUUCUUAUGGGAUUGGUGGAUCUAAUGUCCAUUUCAUUCUUGACUCGGCUGCUUCAUUCGGUCUUGCUAUCCCAAAUUCUAUCCCGGCAGCGCUCCAGGAUCCAAAGCAGACGAAAACAGUGCUAGUGUUCUCUGCUGGGCAUCCAGAGUCGUUGAAGCAAAUUGUCAGAAAUCACCAGGAUUAUAUACUCGAGCAUCCGAAUCGCCUGCAGCAUGUCGCUUAUACCCUUGCAGAGAGAAGAGAGCACUUGAAAUAUAGAGCUUUCUGUGUGGCGGAUGGCAAAGCACCGCUCACUGAGCCUGUAGCAACAGCCUGUCAAAGUCAGAGCCAAGUAGCAUUCGUUUUCACCGGACAGGGCGCUCAAUGUUGUACUGACAAGCCCAGGGUCCAUAUGGGAAAACAGCUGAUGGCCGACUACCCGCCGUUCAUGAGCAACAUCCGGUCGAUGGAUAGGAUUUUACAAAGCUUAGAACAUGCCCCAUCAUGGUCGAUCGAGGGCAAGUCUUACCCUAUCACCUUUUCUGCUUAUGUUCUGUCCGACUGUGACGACAAAUCUAUCCUCGCGAAAGCGGAAUACGCCCAGCCAAUCUGCACUGCCUUGCAGCUGUCGCUUGUCGACCUUCUUGAGACGUGGAGAAUUACUCCCUCGGCAGUAGUUGGCCAUUCUAGUGGUGAGAUAGCUGCGGCCUAUGCUGCAGGCUCUUUGACAAAGGCGGAUGCCCUCACCGCUGCGUUCUAUCGCGGAUAUAUCUGCAAGAAGCCACAAAAGAUGGGAGGAAUGGCGGCCGUUGGCCUCGGAAAGGAAGAAGUAACGCCAUUCAUCCUUCCAGGUGUGACAAUUGCUUGCGAGAACAGUUCCUCUAGUGUCACUCUUUCGGGUGAUAUAGAGAGCCUGGAGAAGGUGAUGGCCGACAUUAAGGAUAAGAACGAGCAUGCUUUUGUUCGAAGACUGCAAGUGGAGAUGGCAUAUCAUUCAGAUCACAUGCGCCUUGUCGGUGACGCAUAUCAUGACCUUAUUGCGAAACAUCUGGAUCCUCGCCCACCAAAGGUUCCAUUUUUUUCUAGCGUGCAUGGCGGAAAGGUCCUUUCCAGAGCGUUCCAAUUUGGGCCUCGUUACUGGCAGGAGAACUUAGAAAGGCCUGUGCUCUUCCGCUCGGCUGUGAAUUCAAUGUUAAGAGACUCACCACAGGCGGUACUUCUCGAGGUCGGUCCGCAUUCGACGCUACGAGGCCCAUUGCGGCAAAUCUGUCAAGAAGCAUCUCACUCGGCCCACUAUGUAUCAACCUUAUCGCGAGGCGAAAAUGACACAGACUCAUUUCUAUCUGCCGUGGGUCAGCUGUACACAUUGGGCGUGACCAUUAAGAUUCCUCUGGAACCUAUCAAUGCUGCCGUAUUGACAGACCUUCCGACAUAUCCAUGGCACUACCAGAGAAGCUAUUGGUCAGAAACUAGGGUUAUGAAGAAUUGGCGACUUCGCAAACACCUUCCUCAUGACUUGCUGGGCGUCCGUACUCUUGAAGGGACGGAUCUGGUGCCAACAUGGCGAAAUGAAGUACGCAUCGUAGACGUACCCUGGCUGAGGGACCAUUGUGUCGGAAAUGACAUAAUCUUCCCAGCUGCCGGUUACAUUGCCAUGGCGGGCGAGGCGGUUUAUCAACUUGGAGAUUACACUACCCGCGACUAUACAGUGAAGAAUGUUGAUCUUCGUCAGGCACUUGUUCUACAUGAGGAACAGGCCACUGAAAUGGUUACGACGCUCCGUCCUCAACGCCUGACUACGAGUCUUGACAGCGACUGGUACGAAUUCCAGAUUGUUUCGUACGAUGGUGCCGGAUGGAACAAGCAUUGUUCAGGACUGGUCCGAAAAGGCCGCGCAUCUGCCUGUCCUGCUUCAGCGACGCGAAUACCCGAGACGCUUCCUAGAAGAGUUUCUUCUCCUCGAUGGUACGCAACCAUGGCACGAGUAGGUCUGAAUUAUGGGCCUCGGUUUACGGGACUUGAGAAUAUUAGUGCGGGUGUUACAGAGAAGAAAGCCGCGGCCGACAUCAUUGAUCACCCGGGAAAUGAGUUCGAGUCGUUGUACGCUCUGCACCCAGCUACCCUCGACCUCGUCUUGCAAACGUGGACGGUGGCCGCAUUCCAGGGUGAAUACCGCGCGUUCAAGCAACUAUUCCUACCAACCUUCAUCGAAGAGUUAUUUGUUGGUGACGGAAGAGGUAAAGAGAUACGCAUCAGCACCGCAACAACUGGCCGUAAUGUGGCACAAGGCCAAUCUUACGGUGUCGGAAACAACGGCGAUCUGAUAUUCUUCCUGAAGGGCUUCCGUGGCACUGCGCUAGAAUCAGACGAAAGCCUCCCUGAUUUGACGGCGCUAUCACUACAAUGGAAGCCGGACUUCUCCUUCCUUGACGCUUGUAAGCUGACACGUCCGACGUACAAUGUCCGGGAACAGCUUGCUCUUGCUGAGCGGCUCUAUUUGCUGUGCGCUGUGGAAGCAAACAAAGCCAUUCAGGGGGUCACCGCGACCCAACCGCACUUCGAGCGGUAUCGUAGGUGGCUCACGACGCAAUGCCCCAGGUUUGAGCAGCCAGAUUACCCACUCGUCGAGGAUUCGGUUGACUUAGUGAAUAUGUCCACCGAGGCUCGCCGUAAUCUCAUAACAGAGGUUCUUAACCAAUGUCGAGCUGCAGGCUGUGGUGCAAUCGCAACAGCUGUUUGGCGCUCUUACGAUCAGCUGGCAAACGUCUUCGAGGGCAAGACUGAUUUCUUAGAUCUGCUGAUUCAUGAUGGCACACUAUCCUCGAUCUACGAUUGGAUGAAUGAUAUUUGGGAUGUGAGCGAUUUCUUUCAACUGCUUGGCCACAACCAACCUCAGAUGAAGAUACUCGAAAUCGGAGCUGGCACAGGGGGUUUAACAGCGAAGAUACUCAAACACCUUCAGUCUGAAUUCGGAGAGCGACUGUAUCUGCAGUACACAUUUACAGAUGUUUCUUCAGGGUUUUUCGUCGCCGCCAAAGAAAGAUUCAAGCAAUACGAUGCAAUCGAAUACAAGGUGCUUGAUAUUUCAAGAAACCCGCUGGAACAGGGUUUCAACGCCGAGGAAUAUGAUCUUGUCAUUGCCUCGAAUGUCCUUCAUGCCACUCCCAUUUUGCACGAUACCCUUAGUCAUGUACGGACGCUUCUGAGGCCUCAAGGCCGUCUCUUCUUGCAAGAGCUAUCCCCAAUCACAAACUGCAUGGUGUUUAUAAUGGGCCUCUUCUCUGGCUGGUGGCUCGGCGAGGCAGACGGCCGUAUCGAAGGACCAUUCCUACCUCCCGAGGAAUGGGACACCAGACUGCGUGCCGCAGGCUUCAGUGGAUGUGAGACGGUCACAUUUGACAACGAGAGGCCUUAUCAUAUCAAUGCCAACAUUGUCGCCAGACCUGCCAUGCAUUUUGAGUAUCCGAAGCAAGUCAGCCUUCUUUCUGGCCAUUCCCAGAUUCAUCCACUUGCGUUUCAGUUGGAAAUAUUGCUACGUGACAAGGGCUACAGUCCUCAACACUAUCAAUGGGGCUCAGAAGAGCAACCACCUGCUGACCAAGAUCUGAUUUCCUUCAUGGACCUCGACGGACCACUCCUGAAAAAUACCACCGAAAAGGACUGGGACCUUCUAAUACAGACAAUUCAGUCUCUACAAGAAGCUUCUGUGCUUUGGCUUACUCCACCGGCACAAAUCAACGCGAAGGAUCCGCACGCAGCCUUGAUUCUCGGAGUGGCAAGGACCAUCCGGUCUGAGCUGGAUAUGCCACUAGCGACUUUAGAGCUUGAGAACAUCGACACUCCUGAGGCAGCAGAUGCAGCUCUGAAUGUCUUCCGAAGAGUGCAAAGGUGUAAAGAUGAAAUGGCUGAAUUAGAUCCAGACAUGGAAUUUGCCUGGGUAAACGGCGCAGUGCACAUCGGACGCUUCCACUGGUACCCUAUCCCAAGCGCCUUGAAGGCCACUGCUGUGCCACCGGACACCAAAGCCCUGGCGAUCAGCAAACGAGGUCUUUUGCAAACCCUUCACUGGAGUGGACGGCCUCUUCCGGAGCUCCCUGCAGACCAAGUCCAGGUUGAAAUGAAGGCAGUUGGGUUAAACUUCACAGACGUGCUCAUUGCCAUGGGUGUAAUCAACAGUGUCGAUGCUCUCGGGGACGGGUAUAACACCUUUGGUUUGGAAGGCGCUGGCUAUGUCAGCAAAGUCGGCACUGGCGUCGAUCAUGUCAAGCCAGGGGAUAGGGUGAUGCUGAUCGGGACGAAUUCGACCGGCCUUGCUACCCAAGUGCAACGGCCUGGAGGGUUUGUGCUGCCGAUACCCGACCAUCUCAGCUUCGAGGACGCGGCAACCAUGCCGGCCGUCUAUGUAACCGUGCUUCUGGGACUGUUUGACAAGGCGCAGCUUGCCAAGGGCCAAUCUAUUCUGAUUCACGCUGCCGCAGGGGGCAUUGGUAUAGCCGCCAUCAACAUUGCUCGGUGGAUUGGGGCGGAUAUCUACUGCACCGUAGGCUCAGAAGAAAAAGCUGACUUCCUGGUCAAAGAGUUUGGAAUCCCGCGUAACCGAAUCUUCCAUUCCCGCGACACCAGUUUCCGUGAUGAUUUGAUGGCGGCUACUGAUGGUGUUGGGGUUGACUGUGUGCUGAACUCUGUAUCCGGCGAGCUCCUUCACACCUCGUGGGAGUGUGUAGCCUCCUCCGGAUGCAUGGUGGAGAUUGGCAAGCGCGACAUGAUUGGACGAGGUCAAUUGGCUCUGGACAAGUUCGAAGACAAUCGCACGUUCAUAGGCGCCGAUUUGUCGCGGUACACUGUUUUCAACAAACCCGCCGUCGCUCGAUUGAUGAGGAUGAUGCUGGAUCUGUAUAUCGAUGGUCACAUCACGCCCGUCCACCCAAUCACGUUGUUUGACGCCGAGAGCGUUGAAAGUGCCUUUCGCUACAUGCAACAAGGUAUUCACAUUGGAAAGGUCGUGAUCAAGUUUCCCGACGCUGAAAGUUCACUUCCAUGGGCUCCUACAAUCCCCAAACCCUCGUUCCGCGGCGACCGAUGCUACCUCCUGGUUGGUGGCAUGGGUGGCCUUGGGCGAGCUAUUGCUACGUGGAUGGCAACGCACGGCGCCAAGCACCUAAUCUUCCUUUCACGAUCAGCCGGUAAGACGGACGACGAUCAGGCCUUCAUUCAAGAGCUCAAUCUCAUGGGUUGCGCUGUGCAGGCAUGGGCAGGCGAUGUCGCCGAUCCUCUCAUGGUGCAUAAUGCCAUCGAGCAAGCGCCCAUGCCUAUCGCAGGCGUGAUGCAGAUGGCCAUGGUCCUCCGCGACAUUGGGGUCAUGGAUAUGGACCUCGAGACCUACCAGGCCGCGACCCGGCCCAAGGUCGACGGAACCUGGAACCUACACAACGCAGUUCCCAACGACGAACUAGACUUCUUCGUCCUCUUCUCCUCCGUCUGCGGCAUGGUCGGCUACUACGGACAAGCAAACUACGCUGCUGCAAACACCUUCCUGGACGCCUUCGUCCAGUACCGUCACAAGCGUGGUCUCCGGGCAUCGGUCAUGGACAUCGGCGCCGUCAACGACGUGGGCUACAUCAGCCGCACACCGGCAGCCAAGGACGCCAUGCUAGCCAGCGCCGGCCGCCUCAUUACAGAACAGGACUUCCUCGACACGCUCCAGCUAACCAUCGCGCGGUCCUCGCAAGCCCCGAUCUCAUCCCCAGCAGCUUCCCCAGAGUCAGGGACCACAGGCGUGCAGUUCCAGAACCCGAGCCAAGUGACUCAAGCCCUCGAAUGCCGACUGCCCAUCAUGCACCCGCAGAACAAUAUCAUUUGGAAACGAGACCCGCGCAUGGCCAUCUACCGCAACAUCGAGACCGUUGCCGGGGAUAACGAAGCAACGACCAGCGGAAUCAAGCCGUUCUUAUCGUCUGCCAAUGCUGACCCAAGCCAGUUGGAUCAGCCUGCCGCGGCGGAGUUCCUGGCAGGUGAAAUCCGGGACCGCGUGGCGACUUUCCUGAUGCGCAGGGAGGACGAGGAGCCCCUAGACCUAGGGCUAACUCUGUCCGCGGCCGGCGUAGAUUCCCUGGUGGCCAUCGAGGUGCGGAACUGGUGGAAGCAGAAUUUAGGAGUGGAAGUGUCCGUACUGGAAUUGAUGAACGGGGGCAGUAUGCUUCGGCUAGGAGAAUUAGCGGCCAAGAGGCUGCGGGAGAAAUUGGGCAAUAGAUGA